AUGAUACGCCACUUUAAGUACGAGUGCGGGACGCCGCAGAGAUUCGAGUGCCCUUACUGCAAACAUCAUCUCCGCCAACAGAGGGGUAAAGAGAGAACGGAGGUGGAGCGAUUCCACGCCCGUUCCGGCCGCGUGUUCACUAUCGUGAGGCGGGACGGGAUGUACGAGUGCCCGAGUUGUCGUAACCUCUACAAAUGGAAGAAAUCGAUGCUGUCCCAUUUGAGGAAUCAGUGCAAGCAACCACCCCGAUUCGAGUGCCCCCACUGCACGAUGAAGAACUACCAGAAGUCGCACAUGAUACGCCACUUGCGGGUCCACCAUCCCCAGCUCAGCCAAACGUUCUGGGAUCGAAAGCUGAACGGUUUCUUCCGGCUGUAA